UUCAUUUUCUCAGAACUUAAGUGGUGUGAGGUAGAUAGUUUAGUCGUUCUCUUCAAUAAAUCAGGAAAUUAUUGAUUGCUGCAUUAAAUCUCAUAUUAAUAAAUUUAGUUCAAUUCCUUUAAAAUGAAUACCACAACAAAUGGAACACUGUCAACAUCAAAUGGAAGUAUAGAACGACAAUGGGAGGAAUAUGAGAUUCCAGUUCCAUGGGGCACUGUUGCAGGUAAAUGGUGGGGCGAUAAAAAGAAGCAACCGGUCAUUGCCCUUCAUGGAUGGCAAGAUAAUUGUGGAACUUUUGACCGAUUAAUUCCACUUCUACCUGAAUCAAUAUCAGUGCUUGCAAUUGAUUUACCAGGACAUGGUAAAUCAUCGCAUUAUCCAAAAGGAAUGCAGUACUUUAUAUUUUGGGAUGGAAUAACAUUGAUUAGAAGAAUUGUGAAAUAUCACAAAUGGAAGCGAUUAGUGUUGAUGGGACAUUCAUUAGGCGGUGCUUUAAGUUUCAUGUAUGCAAGUUGCUUUAAUUCCGAGGAAGACACAGCAAAAUUCAUCUCAAUUGACAUUGCGGGACCGACAGUGAGAGAUCAUGUGAAACGAGCCGGUCAAACAGGCGAUUGCAUUGACAAAUUGUUGAAUUAUGAAACACUUCCAAUGACGAAGAUGCCUUGCUAUAAAUAUGAAGAGAUGAUCGAUUUAGUGCUUGACGCUUAUGCUGGAUCCGUUGAUCGAGAAUCUGUGAAAGUUCUUAUGCGAAGAGGGAUGGCACCAGCACCUCCACAUCUGCACAAAGAAGGUUUUCAUUUCGCAAGAGAUUUAAGACUGAAAGUCAGUAUCAUGGGAAUGUUUAGCGAAGAACAAGUUCUUACUUAUGCUAAACAAAUUCGCUGUGAUGUUCUCAACAUACGAGGAAAGCCUGGAAUGAAUUUUGAUGAUCCAAAUGUAUAUGAGAAAGUGAUUGAAGCAAUGAGAGAAAAUGCUUCAAGUGUUACAUUUAAAGAAGUCGAAGGAACUCAUCAUCUUCAUCUUGUGACACCAGAAAGAAUCAAAGAUAUCGUCACGGAAUUUUUGCUUGCAUAAUUUUCAAAAGUUCACACGUUAAAAAAAAUAUUAACUCAUUUGCACUUGACGAUUAAGAAAUUUUCCAUGGAACAAAACUCGUUAAAUUUAUUCUGAGGAAAGAAAAAAAAACAAUUCCAAUGUGUUUGAAAGUUUUAUUUGUUUAUUUUUUUUCCUUCGUUUCCGUACUUGAAGUUUCUUUUAGAAACUUUGAUUUUGAAUUAUUUUAAUUCAAUACAAAUUAAGUAGCUCAUAUUGUGACAUAUACAAAUUAUGGUGUAUGGUUUUUUAUGGUAAUUAAUGGUUGGCUAUUGUUCUAAACAACACGCUUUUGCUGUGACUAUAAGAAUUUUAUUUUUCGGCUAUGUUAAAUUAAUUAAUUAGGCUUUAAUUAAUCUUAUUUUUUAUUUUUCAUACAUGGAUGUAAUCUAGGGAAAAAGUAAUCAAUAAAUUGAUGUAAAAUGAUCAACUAAAUGAAACAUUUAAAA